UUCCAUUGUUGAAUACCUCUAUGGCGUUAUAGAUAUGUGUACAAUUGUUGUCUUGUGAAUAGACGGCAAUCCCAAUCGGGAAACCUCUACAGUUACCAAGUAGUUCGAUCUAUCCAAGGUUGGCAGCUUGCUACCUAGGUACGUGUAUCAUGUAUCUAUUUUCUUUUGGUAUGGAGUAAUGAUAUGAGGAAUCUAUGAUUAUGAUUCCAACGCUUGUGACGUAUUCUUACCUUAUGGCUAGUUAUGAGAAGUUGAUGAUGAGAUGUAUUGCAACUAAAUCUCUGCUAUUCCAACCUUGGCCAUGAAAUCCAAGUCGUGAUGGAGGUCGGCGAGAUGGAAGCGGGUCAACCCACCUCUCGCUGGCCUGUCAUUGGCCACGUGGAGUCAUCGCGAGAAGUCGGCCGUGCGAGAGCAGAGCGAGGGAUUUCCAACCGAAACUUUCCGUAGUGCCGUAGCGCCGUAGCGCCUGCCCGCCAGAGAAAUUUUGAUUUCCAGCAUCGCUGACUCUCUCCUUCCGCAGACCAUUCCCAUCCAUUGAAGCACCAGCACCAGCAUUGUCGUAGAGACAUUGUACUGCAGAUCAACUCCACUCAUCCUAUUGCGACCUAAUCUUCCAUCCUUUGCGCUCAUCCUCAUACACAUAUCCCACGAUGGCCCCAUCAGUACCAGCAACCGGCUCGACGAAGGUCGACGCCGUCGUCCAAAAGGUGGCCGCCAACACCCCAGAGAAGCUCUCUGGGAUCGAUCUCUACUCCAGAUUCGCCGUCGCCGGUGCCCUCUGCUGUUCCAUCACCCACGGAGCCCUCACACCCGUCGAUGUGUAAGUUGCAUCCUCUGACUUUUUCUGCCCUUGGCCAUUUUUGCGCAAUUCGAAGACAGGUAUCUCGAUGCGUCUUGGCAAUAUGCGUUGCUGCCGCAUUCUGCCAUUGCCUUUGCCGUUGCCAUUGCCUGCAUAAAAAAUACCCCGCUAACCAUGGAUUCUCGCAGCGUCAAGACCAGAAUACAACUUGAUCCCGCUACAUACAACAAAGGGUUGGUGGGAGGUUUCCGACAGGUGAUUGCAAAUGAGGGUGCAGGUGCGCUGUUGACCGGUUUCGGUCCAACCGCUGCUGGUUAUUUCCUCCAAGGUGCCUUCAAAUUCGGAGGUUACGAGCUAUUCAAGCAACAGUUCAUCAACACCCUCGGAUAUGAGACCGCCCAAAAGAACAGAACCGCAGUCUACUUGGCAUCUGCUGCCACCGCGGAGUUCUUCGCCGAUAUUGCCUUGUGCCCUCUCGAGGCUACCCGUAUCCGUCUCGUUUCCGACCCAACAUACGCCAAUGGUCUCAUUGGAGGAUUCGGAAAGAUGUUGAAGAACGAGGGUGUGGGUGCUUUCUACGCCGGUUUCGGUCCUAUCCUGUUCAAGCAGUAAGUUUGCUUCACCGCGACAUUACGACUCAUGGAUCCGAGGCUAAUCACAUCUCUAGGGUUCCAUACACCAUGGCCAAGUUCGUCGUCUACGAGAAGGUAUCCGAGCUCAUCUACAAGUCCUUCGUCGACAAAUCCACUGCCUCCAACUCUCUCCAAACCUCCAUUAACCUUGGUUCCGGUCUGAUCGCUGGUUUGGCAGCUGCUGUUAUCUCCCAGCCAGCCGACACCAUGUUGAGCAAGAUCAACAAGACCAAGGGUCUUCCAGGAGAGGGAACCACCAGCCGUUUGAUCAAGAUCGCUGGUGAGCUCGGUGUCAAGGGUGCCUUCACUGGUCUCCCAGCCCGUCUCUUCAUGGUUGGUACUUUGACCGCUGGUCAAUUUGCCAUCUAUGGUGAUGUGAAGAAGGCGCUGGGUGCUGUCGGUGGUGUUGAGAUUGCUGCAUAG